AUGAGACAGGACCAGGAUAAAUGGCAAUUGAUCAGAGACCUAACUAAAGAUGAAAUGGAGGAAUUUAAAAAAGGAGAAGACAACGGAUAUGAUUUUUUGAAGAAAUUGCAACAGGAAUAUACUGCUGCUUUUAUUAAAAUUAUCAAGAUCACACAAAAUUGUAAAGUGAUAGGAUAUUUUAGUAAUCACAAUAUGAUGGAGAAAGCGGUUGAACUUUCAUUGAAGAAGAAUAAUUUAGCAUUGGUAUGGAUGGUGCGUAACUUCAAGAUGGUCUUCAAGAGUGGAAAAAGCGAGAAGGUAAUACCCUCACGCAAAUCAACACCACUACCACAAAAUUAUAUCCCAGAGAGAAACAAGAACAAGAACAAGAAGACCAUUUUGGAGGAAGAGGAAGUUGUAGAUAUGAUUAAAGGUUGGCAGAUCAGAGAGAAGAAAGAAGAGGAAUCAGAAAGUGAUGAUGAAAAUUUUGGAAUUAAUUUGAUGGAAAAAACAGCUAAUAAACCCCUAAAACGUGAUAAUGUAGCAACGGAUGAAAUUGUAGAUAUUAUAAGAGAUUAUCAAACGGAUAGAAUCAUUUAUAAUUCAAAAAAAGAAGCAAAUAAGUCCGAAAAAGAAUUAAGGGAACGUUUGACCAUUUUGGAAGAAAUAUUUGAGGUGACAUCUAAUAUGAUGGAAUGGGAACAUAUAUAUACACCUUCAAGCAGUAAUGGACGUGAAAAAAGAGAACGGUUUCUCCGUCGGAGAUAUGAAAAAGAGACUGGAGAGAAAUGGCCAAACCCAGCUUCACCAUUAGCUGUUGAGAUUACAAGGAAGAAAGAAGAUGGUGAGAAGGAUAGGAAGAAGAAGCAACGUGAAGAUUAA